AUGGCAGACAGCAAAUUAAUACAGGCUCCUCAAUCGCGAGUGGCGCCUGUGUCGACCUCCAAGUCGCAAAAAGUGCAUUACCCUUUCUGGUUUGGAGGUUCGGCUUCAUGUUUUGCGGCGGCUGUUACGCACCCCUUAGAUCUGGUCAAGGUCCGGUUACAAACACGGGCGCCCGAUGCGCCAAAGUCUAUGCUGGGAACAUUUGGACACAUCGUGAAAAAUAAUGGUGUCACAGGGUUAUACAGCGGUCUUUCCGCCGCCCUUCUACGACAGAUAACAUAUUCCACCACCCGUUUCGGUAUAUACGAAGAACUAAAGAACCGCCUCACAAAACCCGACCCUACCUCCUCUACACCACCCGCCCCUCCAGGCAUCAUGACUCUACUUGGAAUUUCCACCGUAUCAGGCUUCAUCGGUGGGUUCGCUGGUAACCCCGCCGACGUGAUGAACGUGCGCAUGCAACACGAUGCCUCCUUGCCAAUCGAGAAGCGCCGCAACUACCGCAAUGCCUUCCACGGACUGGUACAAAUGACCAAGACAGAAGGUUUCGGCUCUCUAUUCCGCGGCGUGUGGCCGAACUCCACCCGCGCAGUGCUCAUGACCGCCUCGCAACUGGCCUCGUACGAUACCUUCAAGAAAAUGUGCAUUGAGAAGGCCGGCAUGAAAGACAACCUGGGCACUCACUUCACAGCCUCGUUUAUGGCUGGAUUUGUCGCGACAACUGUCUGCAGUCCCGUGGAUGUUAUCAAGACUCGUAUUAUGACUGCAUCGCCGGCCGAGAGCCGCGGCCACAGCAUUCCGGUUUUGUUGCGUGAUAUCUGUCGCAAAGAAGGCCUUGCCUGGACUUUCCGUGGUUGGGUGCCUAGCUUUAUUCGCCUGGGUCCUCAUACCAUUGCUACAUUCAUUUUCCUGGAGGAGCACAAAAAGCUCUACAGAAAAUUGAAGGACAUUUAA